AUUCGAACUUCGGCGCCGCGCCGCAGCUGAGAACCAAAUGCGCAGAUCCUUGCUUCACAUUCUACCUCUCUUACCCAGAAGCUCUGCAACUCGAACUAUGAGUUCUGAGUCAACUCAGCGCCUUUUUCAGCUAAAGUUUGACCCGCUUACCGGUAACUCGGAGUGGGUAGUCAUCGAAGAAAGGGCGGAAGAAGGAGAUGCAGACAAUUCCCAGAAGCCCCUUUUGGCCACAACCUCAUAUUUGGACAUGCUUAAUGAUUCCACUAGAAACAGAGCGUUCCGCGAAGCCAUUGAUAAGACAAUAUCAAAACCUUGCCAUGUUCUCGAUAUUGGUGCUGGAACUGGCUUGCUAUCAAUGAUGGCUGCACGGGCAAUGAACUCUGUCGUUGGUGAUUCCAAGAGAAUGGUUACGGCCUGUGAAUCUUACCUUCCAAUGGUGAAGUUGAUGAGGAAAGUUUUACGUCUUAAUGGGAUGGAAAGGAAAGUAAAAGUUAUUAACAAACGGUCUGAUGAACUUCAAUUUGGCGCUGAUAUUGCUUCUCGAGCUGAUGUCCUCGUUAGUGAGAUUUUGGACUCAGAACUGUUAGGUGAGGGGCUUAUACCAACCUUACAACAUGCACAUGACAAGCUGUUAGUGGAAGAUCCACUGACUGUGCCAUACAGAGCAACCAUAUAUGGCCAGCUGGUAGAGAGCACAUACUUAUGGAAGCUUCAUGAUUUACAUAACAAUGAAGCAAAAGCAUCUGAUGGCAUCCAUCUUGUUCCAGUAGGACUCGAGCCUAUCAUAUGUGUUAAGCCACAACAAUACGCUAUGCACUGUGAUGCAAUCACCAAUGAAGUGAAACUGCUCUCAGAACCCUUCAAAGUUUUUGAAUUUGAUUUUUGGAAACGUCCAGAGAGUCAUGCCGAAAACGAGCUGCAUAUCAAGGCAACUGAAAGUGGUAGAGUUCAUGCCGUAGUGUCAUGGUGGAUGCUGCAGCUUGAUCGUGAAGGAACAGUCUUUUAUUCCACUGCUCCAAAGUGGAUAAGUCCUCCUAAGAACAUAAGAGCUGGUGAUUGGUGUGACCACUGGAAACAGUGUGUUUGGUUUAUCCCACGCAAUGGUGCGUCCAUAUCCAAGGAUGAAAAAGUUCAUCUAAUUGCUUCUCAUAAUGAUACUACCUUCUCAUAUCAUCUGAAGACCCAAAUCCCGAGAGGUGAGGUUUUGCAGCAUGGCAUCAAUGCUGAGAAUUUUAAACUCAUAUACCCACCAGAAAGAAUUGCAGUUUAUGGAGACAGAGAAUGGAGGCUUGCAAUGUCACUGGCAAUAACAAAUGCAUCACAGGGAAGAGCUCUCUCUGUAUGCAUGGUUGCGGAUGAUAGUGUUUUCUUAACACUUUUGGUUGCUAGUAUUUUGAAAACGACGCGUGUAUUAUCGUUGUUUCCGGGGAUUCGGGAAAAGGGUGGCAAGUAUUUGCAGGUGGUUGCUUGUGCGAAUGGUAUCUCCGCGGAUAGUAUAAAAGUUAUUGAAAAGAGGAUAUCGUGCUUGACCUUGUACGAUACAUUUGAGAAAAAGGUUGACUUGCUUAUCAGUGAACCAUUCUACUAUGGAAAUGACAGUGCACUCCCAUGGCACAACCUAAGGUUUUGGAAGGAGCGAACAAUGCUCGAUUCGGUCCUAUCUGAUGAUGUACUAAUAAUGCCUAGUAGAGGCAUAUUGAGGGGCUGUAUCAUGUCAUUUCCUGAUCUUUGGAAUAGUCGUCGCCGGUUGGGAACAAUCGAAGGUUUUUAUCACUCAGUUGCAAAUAGCACUUUAGGAGCUUGUGGUGAGUUGCCUGAAGGAGAAGAAGGCCCAUGUCUGGCUUUCUAUAUCUGGCAGUGUGGAGAAUAUGAGGAACUCAGUGAGAUAUUUACAUUGAUGGAGUUUGAUUUCUCAAAACCAAUAAGCCCUUAUAGUGGGAAAAGCCAGGUUAAGGUAACUAAGGCUGGAAUAUGUCAUGGAAUAGCAUUGUGGAUUGAUUGGGUAAUGGAUCCAAAGAAUUCCAUUGUCAUAUCCACAGGCCCAGAUAAGAGAUUCUGGAAACAAGGAGUAAAGCUUCUCGCCAACCCUGUGACAGUCGGGGCUCGAGGUUCUGGUGAGGGCAGAGAAUGCUGCUCUGCUGUCAUCGAAGCUUCCUUUGAUCCAUCAAGCGGCGAGCUCGACAUAAGACAUACUUUUUUGCAGUGCAGUGAAGCUUUUGGCCCUCGAGCUGUUACCGAUGACAAAACGGUGACAAUAGGACAGUGACUAUCCCGAGUCAAACCAAAAAUUUUUGAAAUAGAUAGAUCAAAAUGGUAGGAGGGACAUCUAGAGCUUGUAGCUUGUGGUUCAUAAUGACUUGUAACUUAUUUAUUUUUUUAAAAAAAUUAUAUUUCAAACUUAUAUUGAAUAUUUACUAGGAUAUGUAAAAUUUUGAAUCUAUAUCUAAUGGCUAUUAGAGACGUGUCAC